UCCUGGGCUGGGUUCAGACAGUCCCCUCUCCACGUGGGUUCACCGGCGGGCAGCUUGACCGGGAGUAGACUGGACGAUCUCCAGGGGUGUUCCAUUGCCCCGUAACAUCGGGGCCCGGGCAGAGAGCUUCGGGCGGCGCGCACAUGGAGGAGUCAGUUUUCCUGGAGAUCAGGCGGAGGAUGCAGAGCGGGCUGCUGAUUAUCCGUGAGCCAAAAGCAGGAAAUUUGCCAGUGGAUAUUACAGUGGCUCCAGGAUCAUUAGAAAUAAAAAGUUGUCAAGCCUGCAAGAUGAUCAGCUUUCCUGCAGAGGUCAGGAUUGUUCCUUCUUCCUGUCGAGGACUACAGUAUAUAGUUGGAGAUGGUUUACAUGUGAGGCUGCAAGUUCGAGCAGAUUCAAAUACAAAAUUAAUUUCAACUUUGAGUGAAAGUCUGAAGGCGCAGAAGAGUUGCACCUUUUACUGUCAAUCUUGUGGUGAAAUCAUAAUAAAAGAACGGACGUUUCUCCGAGUUCUUCCCCUACCAAGUGAAAACUGGAGUGCUUUGGUUGAGGAGUGGUGCUGCCACCCCAAUCCCUUUGCCAACAGUGCUCUUCACCCUCAGAAUAACGACUGUUUUCUUGGACACACUUACUUUCUGGUGAAUUCAGGAAGUGAGUCACAUGUGCCUGGAACUGAAAUAGUCCAUUCAGAGACUGAACAUUCUGCUUCUGAGAGGGGCCCUACCUUGAAAUCAAAGAAAAAUGCUAGAGUAAUUUGUAAGCGCUGCAAGGCAAUGCUGGGAGAGACAGUAUCAUCAGGGACUACAAAAUAUUACGUCACUGAGAUGAUUAUUCAGCAAUCUGGAACAAAUUUUGACAUGCUACCAAGGUCUCAGUUUGUACAGAACAUUAUAGCUCAGUGUCUCGUGGAACUGUCCUCUGCCAGAAGCACGUUUAGAUUCAGAAUACAAGGGCAUGAUGGAAAAGUCUACAUCUUGAUGUGGCUUUUAAAUUCUGACACUUUAUUGGUGGAAUCUAUGGGAAAUUCAGCAUCCAGCAGUGUCUUUACCUUGUUUGAAAAUAAUUUGAGGCCUGAUUCCAGGUCUUCAGGCACAUGGAAUGCAGUCAAAGUUCUUUAUCAUCCCUGCAUUAAAAACAAGAAUAAGGACCUUGCUGAUGAAUGGGAAAAUGAUAUUGGGGUUCAUCCUCUAACAUUUCCAUCAAAAACCUGCUUGGAAUUGUUGUUGAUACUGAGUUUGAGUAAUGCUUGUCUGCCACCCUCACUACGCUGCAUGAACGCCUUCCAGAUUGAUGCAGCCACUGAUGCAGUUGAACAAUCUGGGUUGCCUGUUAAAUAGUGACCAUUCAUAUAACUUGUUUACUGCCUAUAAUAUGGGGUUGCCUUUUUGAAGAUGUGAAGAAUCCAGACACAUUAACUGAAAAUUAUUCUCAAGUUAACCUUCAAAUAAAAUACAGAAAUAUAAGGAUAAUUUCCAUUGGGAAGACUUUCCAGCAAGAGUCAUUGAGGGUGCAAAACCUCAGCAUAAUAUUAUUUUACUAUUUUAGCUUUGAUAUUUGUUGGAUUUUUGGUUUUGAAAGAGCAAAGCCAAUGACAGGAAAAAGUUGGUUUAGACAGGCACAAGACUGGAGUUAUGAGAGUGACUUAUGUCUGAAGGCUGGGGUGACCGUAAUGAUGACCUCUUAAUCACCAAGGGAGAAGAAGUCAAUUAUCUUGAUGGAGCAAUGAUUUAUAGUAAUUUACGUAUUUUAUGUGGAAAAUGAAGAAUGAAGAACUUAUGUAUUUUAUGUGGAAAAUGAAGAACUGGCAGCCAGGAGAGGGUAUAAAAUAUUUAAUGUAGUGAAUUCUAACUAAGAAAUAUAUUUGCAACUUUUACCACUUUUCUCACUUUUUUGAGUUGGCAGAGGUAAUCAGACAACUAGAACUGUAAAAUGUAAACUGUUGUUUUCCAACAAACUUAUGUAUGAAGCAUAUACAUUAUUUCCAUAUUAAAUCCUACUCCCUAAUCAAGAGAGAAGGUAGUAUUUACAUGCCUGCACCCUAAGUAAAACUGAAUGAAAUUGAUAAUGUAUUAGUUAAAGUUCACAAACAAAAUGUUUUUGUGAUUACUUAAAAGAAAUUAUCUUGCAACUACAAAAAGAAGGGUGUCUGUGAAUAUAGGGUUCAUAGAAGUUGCUGAACUGACAGUCCUAGAAACAGAAAUCCUCUGUUUGCGAAGCAUGUGCAUCUCAGUUUGUGACAACAUAAACUUCCCCACACAGCCCUUCCUAGGUGCCUCAAUCCUGGCUUGGUGGGACCAUAUCUAUGGAGUAGUUCAGUCCUUAUGGGCCAUUCAGUACUUUCUCUUCUUAUCAGACUGUCAAGAAAAGUUGACAAGCGAGUUAGUGCUGAUUGCAGUUGGUGGCAGUUUCUGUGUUGUAGACACUUAUCUACUUGUAAUUGGACUGAUACCACCAAAUGCAUUCCAUGUGGAACAAAUAACCUUGCACUGUUUCCAAUUUUAGAGUGGACCUCUCAUUCUUUAGUUGUCAGUAAUCACUUUGGUCUCCAUUGUGCAGAGAGAGUGCCAGAGAGGAUGUGUAUAUAUGUGUGGGCAGUGGAGGGAAAGAUGAGCUAUUCAUCUCUGCAUAAGCACCACUACUACCCCAUAAUUCAGCAUCCACCCUGUACUCUGCCUAAGCUAAGGAUAUGGCUGAACUAUAUGAGAAAAUUCAUAUUGUGGAUCCCUUUUAUACUGUAUAUCUGAGCCCUGUAUUAACACAUAUUUGGAAUCCUGCCCAUUUUGUAACCUUAAUCUAUUUUCUUAUGUGGCCUCAAGAUUGCCACAGAAUACCAUUGGGGCCAAAAACUUAGCAAGAUUCAAAAAUGAGUCACACAUUUAUAUGGAUAACUAGAUGAUCCAGAGUUAUACUAGUUUAUGCUACCAUACAUUUUGGUUAGAGUUAUUAAACACCAUGAUUCAGGUUGUAAACUAAUCUCUAAGUAUAGGGGUUACCAGGUGACCGAAUAUAGGAUGCAAAUUAGCCCACGUUUGUCUAUUCUGUUUUGUGCCUUCCCCUGAAACAUCUGGUGCCGUCCGCUUUUGGAGACAGAAUAUUGGAUUAGCUGAACCAUAGGUUUGAUCCAGUCUCACAGUUCUUAUGUCCUGAAGAUGCUUGGGAGAAACAUUUCUACUGAAAAUAGUGGAAGAAAUCCUGUUUGUACAGGCUGGCUUUUUUGCAGUACUCAUCUUUAAACAAUUAAGAAAUACGAGAGACAAGGUGGGUGAGGUAAUAUCUUUUAUUGGGCCAACUUCUGUUGGUGAAAGAGACAGCUUUUGAGCUUACCUCACCCACCUUCUCUCUCUUUAAUAAUAUAACACAGCAACUACAUUGCAAACAUUAAGAAAUAAGAAAGCUGUGAGCUUGUCAAAGGACAAUUCUUUAAGAGGAAUGGGUUUAGAGGGAGAGAUUCUUGUUAUGAAGAGCUUCUUUUAAAACCCUGGGAUUUCAGGAGAAGUCAGCACUUCCUUUACAUGUUUCUAACUCAUACUGCAAGUUGCUGAGCGUCUCCUGAGAGAUAUGGGAUGUAAGUGGAGGUUAAGACCACUCAGCAACUAGUUUAGGCCCCAUCUUACUUUUUCCUCAUUAUUUUAGAUUUGAGUAUUCAAAUAAAAGCAGAAGUGUGGCAUUUUUCACAUAUAUAUUCUGGGGCUAUAUUGUGUACUUCCAUGAUAAUUUGUCUACAUAACAAUGGUGAGUCAUUUUGAUUUUUCUCUUAUGAAUACAAUUAAUUUGUCACUAAUUUUUUUCCAUUUUUGUUUUGCUCUGUUGUUUGCUGGUCUCUGCUUUCCAGAAUAUGAUUAGGCCAAUAAAGGAGGGAAAACAUUGAAAUGACAGAUUGCUACACUGUGAUUGUAAAGCCACUUUCCUCCUAUUUAAAUGCCUCCUGUUGUGAUUUUGCAUCAAUAGAGCAAUCUGCUCCAGAGAGUAUUUAUGCUUUGUAUGUUUAAAAUCUGUCAUCGUGUCAGUUUCUCCUACAUAAUAUGGUAUUAGGGACAUAAAUAGUUAAUAUACUUCUAAUGGCAAAUGAGGUUCUGAGAUGGCAGGUGCAGGCAAAUCAUUAACUUGAUUUAUCAGCAAUACAGAAGAAAAAAUCUGCAUAAAGUGGGGCACUAUAAAUAAAUAUAAAUCAAACCCCUCCUGGCUAAUUUAUCACUCUCAGAAAACCUUGUAGAAUAUCACAGUGAAAUGUCAUGCUUCUAGUGUGUUCAGCUUGAAAGGAUUCCUGGGGAAGUAUAUGAGAGAGGAGACAGCAGAGGUAGCAUUAGGCCAAAUGUGCAGCCUCACAAAGCCAUGCUCUUCGGGAACCCUUUUUUUUUUUUUAAGCCCGGUCUUUGUCCCCAUACCAGGAAGGUGAGGGUUGUGGGCUGCCAAAGACGAGCAUUUCUGGUUGUGGUUGGGUUAUCUUUCCUGCAAUUAUUAAGUUAUUUGGACAGGUACCUAGAAAACCUCAGCCCACGUACAGUAAUGUAUAAAUGUAUCAGAAGUGUUCUUGUCUGAAAAUGGGUUUAUUUGCCAGUAUUCAGAAGAAGGGGAGAAAAGUCAAUAAUGUCCCCUUAAGAGGAUUCAUUGUGAUGUCAGGUGGUGCAUUAUUCAGACUGUAACUGUUUUUAUAGAUGAGUUGGAUCUUUUUUUUUUCUUUUAAAUCUUUCAGCAUUUUUCUUUUUCUCUUUUCAUAGGCACUGGUGUACUUGAAUCCUGAUGAGUUCAGUUGUUGCCUUUUUAAAACUCAUCAAUGAUAAUGCUUUAUAAAAAUGUAGCAAUCUUCAUGUGAGCAGGUUAUUUUUGCACACUACUUCUUGUCACAACAUCCUUGGGAUUAUUCACAAUUAAUGGUAAAUCUAAUGUCAUCUUUUAAAUUCCACAUGUAUAUGUGUCCAAAAUAGAAAUGUUGCUUAUUUUUCAAGUUGAUAAAGGGUGCACAUCAGAAGACCUCAUACACAGGAACAAAAAAAUUUUUUUUUCCACAAUACCUACAAGCCCUUAGUUACAAGAUUUAAAAAAAGCUUUUCAAUUCUGCUUUAAAAUAAAUAGAGUGAUUCUGCAGAUAAGCAUUUUGGGGUUAAACACACACUGCAAUAAAAGCUAUAAAAGUGCAGUGUAGACGUCUGGUCUCAAACCAAAGCUUGGAUCUCUACGCCCGUUGGAUAGGCCUGCAGCUUGAGCCCCGUGAGCCUGAGUCGGCUGACACAGGUUAGCAGCAAAUGUUUUAUUGCAGUGUAGACAUACCUUAAUAUGCUUUUGUCAGUUCCCUUGUCCAUAUUGUGCUGUCUUUCAACAGUUAAUUGACUGUUAACUUAGAAUAAAUCUAGAUAAAAACAGUGUUUGAAAUGUGAGCCUGAAUAAAUAUGGUUUUAAUUUAAUUGUAAAA